AUGCUACAGUUUCGUCCGUUCGAAGAAAACAGAACCCCAAGUUACAUCCUACAGGAUGACUAUGCCGACAUGCCAUAUGAGCUGUUUACAAAGGAGAUUGAGAUACCUAGCGUGGAUGUCAAACUAGACGCGCCGUCCGCAGCUUGCCAGCUCUACAUUGUUCCGGAACAACUAAAGCGUAGAGCGGCGUUGCAGAAGAAGUACAAGCGUCGUGAAAAAGUCGGGACGAUAACCAUUGACCUGGCAGAAACGGUCAGAGCUGCCGACGAUGACGACCUGGACGACGACUUCGACGACGCCGAGCAGAUGUAUUACCAGAAACAGCCCCGGUCCAAGUACAAAUACAUGUAUGGCACGCAAGACAUGAGAACCAUCAGCAUCUUCCAGCUCUCCACCGCCGACGGCAGCAAGCACUUUCUGAUCGAGGUGCCGCAGUUCCGGAAUUACCUGAUGUACAACCUCCUCGCGGUGCGAUUGCUGGACACCCUGAAGCCGAACAAGGUGCAUCUUUUUGUAGAAGAAACGGAACGGACAGCCGAGAAGUCCACAGCCCAGGAAAAGAGCACCCAGAUGAUGGCCGAGUUCCUCAACGGCAGCUACCGUGGUCCCUGUGGGGAGCUUGGCUUGAGCGGGGUCGUCGCCAGCUUUCUCAACACCGCUACUUUGCAAAACGUCGUCUUCGUGCCCGUGGAACGGAGUACGGACAUUGUCAAGACCCUCUAUCUUUAG